CAGCUACUAAAGAUCGCGCCAUCCAAACGACACGAAAGACAUGUCGGGCGCGUCCGUGAAGCCCGUGGUAAAGAACUCGACGAUGGACCAGGACCUUCUGGACGAGGUGAUCUGGGUCGCGCAGGCCGCGAUCGAGUCGGAGGUCAACGAGCAGCACAUUGCGGCUAAGAUCAAGAAGCACUUUGAGCUCAAGUACCACGGCAUGCUCUGGCACUGCUGCGUCGGCCGCAACAUGGCCUGCUACGUGACGCACGAACAGUCCAAGUUUCUCUACUUUUACAUUGGUCAGAUGGCCAUCGUGCUCUUCGCGACUGCCUAGCACCACCCCUCGCUGUACACACCAACCCCAUUCAAUACACAGAUACGUCA